CUUCUCUUACAUAUUACAUACAAUGAUCACAUUGGAUCUGUUUCUGCUACUGCCAUUACUUAGUCACCCUACUCACACACUGCUCUUAUGUGCCUUAUUACAACAUAGCGACAGAUAGAGGCAUUAUAAUUUAACUAUUAGGCAUGAAAACUCCUCACCUUUCGGCGAAAUUCGCCGUUUUGAAUACAAAAUAGGGGACUUACGUGGUUCGCGCAGAUCCGAUGAGAAAAUAUUGUGGUGGGGUCGGGGGGUAUGGGGUUACAACUGAGUUUACAAAUCACGCGCAGACGCGAACGCAUCUUGAUGCGUUGUAAGACAAGAGCCCAAUUAAAAACUUGUCUGAUCCAGCAACGACUAUGUGAAUGCAGCAACAGUGGAAGCUAAAUUUUGCCGCGGAUGCAACGCAAACAGAACGCUUGCGCUGGAAUAGCCUCCCUGUCUGUGUGACUACAGAUGCGUCUGAAAUGUCAGCUGGAAUGUGAGCCCGGCGAGGAGAGAUGCUUAUUGAUGUCACAGGUGGGCUAGUUGAAACGUUCAACUUCUGUCAGAAAAAGACGUUGAGAUUGGUGUAGCAACGUAGCAUAGGCUGUUGUUAAAGUUAGCGAUAUUGGACAGAAAUAUAGACAUAACGAGUUCAUUUGAUGAAGAAUAUGUGCAGUUUGAGCCAUGUAGAUCGACAAAAGGUGAAGCAAAUAGGCAUACUUUAUCAGUACAGCAAAGGCUAAUGUGAAUAACUAAUUAGUUUAAUUAAAUGCUCCUAAACUGGGCUGGUGCGCUUUGUCGAGUUCAGAGACAAACACAGUGUUUGACAUGGUAAUGGCGAAACGCUCAGUGGCCUGACACACUAGCACAAUGCCACAAUCUGUAAGUAGCCUAGCUGCAGGUUAAAACAUUUCAAACCAAUUUUACAAAUUAAAGCCUAGUCUACCCUACCCAAGUUUAUUUAUUACCUGGUUUGGUCCAACAAAUAUUCAGACUUAUUCUAAAUAUUCAGAAAUGUCUGAUAACUUCAGGCACAAAGAAAGAAAGAAAACUCAUGUAGAUCACUGAGGAGGAGAGGAGGGCCAGGCUGAAGCAUGUUGCCAAACAGCACAAGUGGGCCCAAGCCAAAAAGAAGAAAUAAUAAGUUUUUUUGUAAAAAUUAGUCAUUUUGUAGUUUGUUUUCUUUAUAAAUCUCUGGUUUUAGGCAACUUCAUACUCCAUACUCCAUGGAAGCUAUGCACUAUUGGCAACAAUGUCACUCGCGCCUGUUUUGCUAUGAAACGGCCAUUUCCCACUUCGCGCGCCCUUCUCACCUUUUUCAUCCCUGACCCGUUUUCAUGCCUGAACUAUAACUGGACUCCUCAGGAUUGAUACGACUACAUGAGUCGUCAUACAUUCACCCACUCACUCAUUUUCCCUUUGCUUACAUUGUUCCUUCCCCAACUGGUACACUCACUUAUUAGCCUGAUGUCGUCAUACUCAAUUCCUGUCAGAAUUUAAGUCUGACGCUGCUUAGUUGGGACGUGAUUAUGGGGUGUGUUUCAACCAAAGAAAUGCUUGCCAAAUGCCUGUUAUCUGUUGUAAAGCACUCUGAACUGAAUCUUCCGUAUUAAAAGUGCUUUAGAAAUAGAGGUUAUUAUUAUUUAGAGUAUUGAUUGUAUUUUCACAAAAUAAUUAAUAUCCCUGUAUCUGAACAGACAGAGACUGUACAUCUGAGGAGGGAGGCAGCCAUCAAGACCCUGUGCCUUUAUUUUGGUGAAGAUGAUGAUUCUCUCAUACAUGUACAUGGAUAUCCAUGGCAAGGAGGUGUCAAGAGAAAACCACCCCUUGGAACAUGAGGACAUCGGCAUCGUUGUGGAUGGAGGCAUCAUUUUGGAGGAACCUGGUCUGUUGCACAAGGCUGUGCAGUGAAGCCAGAGACUUUCUAAUGAGGAGACACAGCACUCAAAAAAUCCUCCAUAGAAAUGCAUGGGAACGAGAAAUUGAUGGUCGUGGAAAGGAAGGCUGUUGUGUUUGAAGGGAGCAGCUCCUAUAUUUAUAAAUGCUCCUGCGACUUCCACCAUGGGAGGCUUGUGGAAGCUCUCUCUGACCACUUGGAGCAGUCCUUUCAUGAGACCAGCUGCAUCCAUGUCAAGGCCCUGAGACGAGUCCUACACAAUUUAAAUGUGCCCGAGGUGCCUAUGAAUCAGGAAGAUGCUCCACAAUGUACAACUACUUGGAAGUGUACAACACCAACAUGUUGGACAGGGCAGUUCCCGAGAGCAUCCUAAUAACAUACAGGAAGUUCCGAGAUGCUGUCCUGUCCUUCAUGGAUCUGAUGACGGCAGACUUUGCAGACGGGUUUAAAUGCCCUGUCUGCAAAGACAAGUACACGUAUCUUAAAUCUUACACACACACACACACACACACACACACACACACACAGUGGUUAUACCUUACAUGGUCUUUACAACUCAAUAUACAAAUUAGAUUUUGUCUUCUCAGAGCUGUGGUCAUGGAUGGCACAUCCCUGGGCUACCAGCAGAAAUAUGCCCUGAAAAGGGAUGGGCAGUAUGAUACCCGAGUGGCAAAUUCUGGAAGCAGUCAUCCUGAAAGGGUGCUGGUGAGCAGUGCACCCCUCCGCAAGCUGCUCACCAAAUUUGUAGAUGACGGCCUGACGCCUGCAGAGGCUAUUGAAAUGGAGGGCCUAGCAGAGCGGCACUCUGCAUUCUUGCUGCCUCUGCUCCAGGCCUGCUUGGAGGUGGGGAUGACCUGUGUUGGACCAUGUCGCCGCAUAGUCCAGGAGGUGGCCAAGAACUCCCCUGCCUGCGCUCUCCUCCACCCUAGUGAACGGGUGGAAGCUAUGGUUCAGGACCUUGAAGCCAUGGGCUACACGGGAGUGGAGGGGCACCCACAACUUCUAAAGACCCUAGCUGAGGAGUGCCCCUUGUUCUUUCAAAUGGUUGGGGCGGAGGGAGCAUUCCCCGAGGUAGCUGUGCCCAUUUUCCGGGCGCUCCACCAGAAGGCAAGGGGCGCUCUGAUGAAGCCAGCCCUGGACACUCCUCUCACAACUAUGGAGAGGGAUGGAGAUUUUUUCCCUUGUCUCCCCCUUGCCCGGGACCGGGGUUUAUUUGAUGCAGAUGGCGAGAGGGAGCAGGGCUGUUUGACAGACUGCAGGAAGGUGGGGAGCAGGCACCCAAGCCUAAUUCCUGGCAUAUUCACACUGUUCUGCAAACAUGGAGUAUGUCUUGGCUUCUCCAUCAUGGAGCAGGUGGAGUCGGUGAACGUGGCAUUCUCCAUUUUACGGAGCAGAUUCACCAAAUGUCCGGAGGUAGUCAUUUAUGAUAAUGCCUGUCAGCUCCACACUUACGCCAUUAGGAGGGACCCGCAAUUUUUUAAUAAAACCUGGUUUUUGGUAGAUCGCCUCCAUUGGAGGAAUUAUUCAGGCUGCAACGCUGGAUACCAGCUGGAUGUUUACCUCCAGCACCAGGAUAUAAAUUCUCAGUUGGCCGAACAAAGCAAUUCAUUGCUGAAAAAACUGAAAAGCCAACUGUCUUAUAUGAACAGAGACAAUUUCAUAGGCCACCUGAGGCUCUUCUUAUGGCACAAGUCUCGAAAAAUUAUAAAUAACAUGAGGGUCAUUCCACGUCAAUUCAACCAGGGCCCACGCACUUAGGUCUCAAAAAAUUCUGAAAAAAUUACCAGGUGUACCUAUGUUACCUAGGAGACACACUGUAAAAUUACUCUUA